AUGAGUCCAGCGACCUACGCCAAUACGGGGCCGACCCCCUUCGCCAGCCACUACCUUUCCUAUCCCUUGGAGAAUGCUUUUAACGUGAAUCCUCAGAAAACAGCCUCCUUACCUGGCCCACUGUGCACUAAUAAAUACGCGGAGGAGGGGGCUGGGAUUGACCUUAGUGGAGGUGCGGGCCCUCCUCUCACUGGCUUUACUGGCGCCCAACAACGCAUGCAAGCACCAGUGUCCAAAUAUGGGUAUAGUACCUCCUCUUUACCUCCACCAGAAGAUAUCGUGUAUGCCGGUGUGCCACAUUCAACAGGAGGCGGCCUCGGGAAGCUCCCCGAGCCUCACUCUUUGCUGACGGUGCCUGAACCAGGUACGCAGUAUCGCGGUAGCAACAGAGAACGGUUUCAACCCAGAGCAACGACGUCCCCCGCUGGGAUAGCCUUUCGUGAAAAUGCCGGAACCCACCAGCAUGACUUGCAGCAGGAAGUCAAACGUCUUCAGACGAUGCUAAACGCUCGAGAGAACCAACUGGAUUUGAAGGAAGCAGAGCUGCAGGAUGCGCUGUCAAAGCUGCAGGAUCAGCGCAAACAAGGAAGCCAAGAAGAGCUAUCGGAGAACGAGGACGUUGAUAAAACUGCUCUUGAGGAGAAAGAGGCCGAGCUCAAGACCAUGCGAAAAAGAGUGGAAUUGCUGCGUCGUGAACGGCAAGACCUGAUGGAGUUGCUUCUGCAGAAGGAGCGUCAGGCCGCUGUACUAGAUACUGUCGACCCAUCUACGAAAGAAGCGUCCGCUCUGCAACUAGGCGUUCAGGCAAUUACCAUGGUCCAGGGGGCUUCUGAGAUGCGGGCGAAGCUGGAGCUGGCGGAGGCAGAGAUAAAACAAUUGCGCGCAGAUCGAGAAGCCGCCGAGGAGCUGCAGCAAGACACUUUUGAGAAGCUCACGGAUAAGCGCAAGGAGGCAGCAGAACUCCUUGAGCUGCUUUCACAGCGUGACAUGAAAGUAGCCCGCGUUGAAGCGUACCUACAACAGAAGACAAGGGAGCUUGAAGUCCUAGCAGCCCGGUCAAAAGAACGCCUGCAAAAGGAGCAAAGCAAGAGGGAAGAGGCUGAGCAAGAGUACCGUGUAGCAGUUGAGCAGUGCAACGCUUUCAAAGCCACCUUGGCAAGCCGGGAUGAAAAGCUCAUGCAGCUUCAAGCAGAGGUGGUGCGCCGGGAUACCCUGUUGAAGCAGUUAGAAGAACGAGUGCGGGUUUUGAGCGACGACCUUACAGGGGCACACUCCCAGCUGCAGCAGGUGCUGAAGGCAAUGGCUGCAAAAGAUGCAUACAUGCAAGAGCUCGAAGCACAGCUGCGGAAGAACGACACUGAGCGUCAGCUUGCCUAUUUGACCGAAGUGUCGAAGAGCCGUAAGCUAGCCCUUGACACCCGUAUUCAGCAAGAGCUGUGUAGGGCCGCUUUAAAUGAUAAGCGUGAGAAGUUGGCGGCAGUAAAGCAAGACUUAUUUCGAAGUGAGUCGGCGAUGGAACGAAUCCGCAAAGCUAUUGGAGCCGCUCAGACGACUGAAAAUUGUUAUGUGCGGUCGUCAGCGCUGCAGUCACCUGAUCUACACAGUCAUCCAGCAGAGCCACUGCACGUCUCCUCUGCUGGUGGCGGGAUCCCAGCAGUUUCAGCGGAGCACAGCCUCCGCACCAUGGACGCUAACUUUGUAGUUUGCCAGCCCUCUCCUUCAAACCAUCCACGAUCUGCAUGUUCAACAAAUCAGCCACGCGAGGCUUCGAUAAAGCCUGCGAGCUCUACCGAGUUCCAAACCACCUCAAAGCCACCCCAGUCUACUUCGAAGCCUCUAUCAUCGGCAUCGAGGGCCUCAACAGCAGGCUACGGCCCACAGUCCGAACAAUUCUGCCCACCUUAUUCUGCCAUACAGGAGGAUCCGCUUGAUCAGGAGGUUGCACGCGUGUGUGAAAGCCCAGAAUAUCGAUCCAUUGCUCCUCACAUUUGCAGGCUUGGCCCGGGCUCGUAUCUCUGCUGUAUGAACGAGGUUUCGAUGGAGCUCCAGCCAGAUGGCAGUGUCUCGGUGCUGCAGUCUGGCAAGAACAAGCUACCCAUACGAGCCUACCUCGACACAUUGCGGUCCACUGUAGAGGCAGGACUGCGAACAGCUACUUCAGCGCCCUCUGCAUCAGGUGCUGCACGCGCUACCGGCCAUUCGAAGAAGAAAAACGGCAACUAG